AUGUCUGCCGGUGGUCGUGAUACGCUUCCCCUCAACAUCAUGCGCAGCCGCAAGGCUGAAGAGGUCAACAAGGACCUCGGCGCCACUGCGCAACGCUUCCGUGAGCGCUUUGAGGGAAAAACUGCCUCCGUCAGCGAACGCAAGGCGGAGACGACAACGAUGGUGAACGAGUACUACGACCUCGUGACGGACUUCUACGAGUACGGCUGGGGGCAACACUUCCACUUUGCCCCGCGCUUCUUUGGUGAGUCCUUCUUCGAGUCGAUCGCCCGUCACGAGUUCUUCCUGGCGUACCAGGGGAAGUUCAAGCCGACAGACACGGUGCUUGAUUUGGGCUGCGGCGUUGGCGGUCCGGCGCGCAACAUUGUCCGCUUCGCCGGCUGCAAUGUGAUGGGCAUCAACAAUAACGAAUACCAAAUCAGCCGCGCCCGGCGUCACGACACCAAGUACGGCAUGAACAGCAAGAUCAACUACACCAAGACCGACUUCUGUGAAAUGUGCUUUGGCGAAAACGAAUAUGACGGUGCCUACGCUAUUGAGGCCACCUGCCAUGCCUCGGACAAGGUGAAGUGCUUUUCCGAGGUAUACCGCGUCAUCAAGCCAGGAAGCUAUUUCGUCCUGUACGAGUGGUGCGUUACGGACAAGUAUGACCCAAACAACGAGGAGCACCGCCGUAUUCGUCACAGCAUUGAACUUGGUGACAGCCUCCCCGAUCUGGAGACGAAGCAACAGGUGGUUCAGGCGCUGGAGGCCUCCGGCUUCAUUGUGGAGGAGAGCUUCGAUGUGGCCGAACGCUUUGAGUCAAGCCCGAUCAAAAACACGCCAUGGUACCUGCCGCUGCAAGGGAGCUACACGACUCUGACGGGUCUCAAGUCCACCCCGUUGGGACGCUGGAUCACAAACAAAAUGUGCCGAGUGUUGGAGUUUGCCAGGCUUGCGCCGCGAGGCACACACAAGGCAACUGAGAUCCUCGAAGAGGCCGUCCAGGGGCUCGUGCGUGGCGGCGAGAUGGGCAUUUUCACCCCGUCCUUCUUCGUAAGGGCGCGCAAGCCGCUCCCCGGUGAGAAGCAGAAGUAG